GGGACAAGUUAAAAAAUUUCCCGCCCAAAAGCUCGUCUCCUCUCCUCUCGUGUUCACUCUCCGGUCUCCACCGCCAAAUCCCAUACCGGAGAGCAGCCGCGGCGUGCUGUUCCCGUCGUCCUAUUCGCUGCAACUAUUUCUGCUCACAAAUGGAUGACCAGGACUUUCCUCCACAAACCAAUCCUAACCCUACCCCCAAGCGGACCAACACCAUCCACAUUGGUGGCGUUCCCGUCGAGUUCCCUUACCAGCCCUACGGGACCCAGCUCGCUUUCAUGAAUCGGGUCAUCUCCACCCUCGACCGUGCCCAGAGGGAAACCCGCUGCCACGCGCUGCUCGAGUCUCCCACUGGCACCGGCAAGUCACUCUCGCUCCUCUGCUCCACCCUCGCCUGGCAGCAGAAUCACAAGGCCAAGAACAUCCGUAACAAUUUCACGCAUUCCAGCUCGAGGCCUAACCCGGAAGCUGUUACGGAUCCGAUUAAUCAUGGAGGUGGUUUCAUCCCGGAGACGCAGCCGUCAGGGAACCCAGAUGUACCUCAGUCUGCUGCAAAAAAUGCAAAAAAGGAGAAGCAAAGAUUGGCUCCCAUCAUCUUUUAUUCAUCGAGAACUCAUUCCCAAAUCAGUCAAGUAAUUCGAGAGUACAAGAAGACAUCCUAUCGAGUUCCCAUGGCAGUUUUGGGAUCAAGGAAGCAUUAUUGCACAAAUCCAUAUUUACGUGGUCAAGAUAAAGUUGAUGAACAAUGUAAGUUGCUACUGAAGAACAAAGAAGAUACUUGCCCAGAAUUCAAAAAUGUCCACAAAGUCAAAAGUCAUCCCUCUCUGCAGAAAGGAGGGUGUCAUGAGGUCCAUGAUAUUGAAGACCUAGUCAAAAUUGGGCAAGUUGUCAAAGGCUGUUCAUACUUUGCAGCUCGGUCCAUGGCAGAAGAUGCUGAAUUAGUCUUUUGCCCAUAUAACUACAUUAUAAAUCCAGUCAUCCGGAAUGCUAUGGAAGUUGAUAUAAGUGGGAGCAUUAUUAUUUUUGAUGAAGCUCAUAAUAUAGAAGAUAUAACACGCAAUGCUGGCAGUGUUGAUCUUGAUGAAGAAGUUUUGCUUCAUCUGCAGACAGAGCUUGGGCAGCUCAGCCUCAACGAUGGCAUGACUUACCAACCUUUGUUUGAAAUGAUACAGGAUAUCUUAAGUUGGAUUGACCGGAGAAAAAAUACCUUACAGAAGCGUGAAUUUCAGCGUUAUUUUUAUUGUUGGUCUGGAGAUAAGGCUUCAAAGGAGCUGCAGGAGGCUAAUAUAUCACUGCAAAGCUUUCCAAUCCUCCAAGAGUGUGCCAAAAAGGCAAUUAAAGCUGCUUCAGAAGCGGAGUCUGAGAUUCCCCAUCUAAGUGGAAUGGCAUCAACUACAUUGGAAGGAUUGUUUAGUUCACUUAAUUACUUCUUCUCUGGGAAUGGUGCUCAUGCCUGUGAUUAUGAACUAUCGCUUCAAAAGUUUUUCAAGAAAGAUGAAGGUGGUUGGAAAACUACAUUCAGCCUAUGGUUAUUGAAUCCAGCUGUUGUUUUCAAAGACAUUGCUGAUUCUUCUAAAUCAGUCAUCUUGACAUCAGGGACUUUAUCACCAAUGACCACCUUCUCAUCUGAACUUGGCAUUCAAUUUGGAACUUGUCUGGAAGCUCCACAUGUCAUAGAUGUCGAGUCACAGGUAUGGGCGGCUGCAAUUGCCAAUGGUCCUGGCAACUAUCCUCUGAAUGCAAGUUACAAGACUGCAGAUGACUAUGCUUUCCAGGAUGCAGUAGGUAUAUCAUUGGAGGAAAUUUGCAAGAUUGUUCCUGGUGGGUGCCUGGUGUUUUUUCCUAGCUACAAACUUUUGGAUAAAGUAAGCAUUCGGUGGCAAGAGACUGGUCAAUGGUCUCGAUUAAAUGCUCAGAAAUCCAUUUUUGCUGAACCAAGAGGAAGCAGCCAGGAUUAUUUUGAGCAUUAUUUGAAAGGUUAUUAUAAUACAAUUCGUCACGGCACAAGACCACGUGGAAAGAAGAUGGGAGGCAAAAGGUUAGGUCUUAAAACUGGAAAUUUGGUAGAAUCUACCAAAGGAAAAAAGAAAGAAGGUGCUGCUUUUUUGGCUGUUUGUCGAGGCAAGGUCUCCGAAGGAAUAGAUUUUUCUGAUGACAAUGCCCGAGUUGUUGUGGUCGUUGGGAUUCCAUUUCCAAACAUUUAUGAUACUAAAGUUGCCCAAAAGAAGAAGUUCAACGAUACCUAUGAGUUGUCAAAAAGCCUUUUAAGUGGGAAUGAGUGGUACUGUCAACAGGCAUUCAGGGCUCUAAAUCAAGCUACAGGUCGAUGUAUUCGCCACAAAUUUGAUUAUGGUGCUAUCAUUUUCUUAGAUGAGCGGUUUCACAAAGAUAGAAAUAGAGCAUACAUAUCAAAGUGGCUGCGGAAUUCCAUUAAGCUGUACAACUGUUUUGAUGAAGCACUAGAUGGGUUACAAUCAUUUUUUACAGAUGUCAAGGCUGGAAUUGGCGUGGCAGCAAACUCGUCACAAGCUCGGGAUGUGAACUGUGAAAUAAUCAAUUCUGAAGAUAAAAAGGGGUCAAGAAGGAUCAACGAUAAAGUUGUGAAAUCUCAACCUUACAAGCGAAAUAUGGUAUCAAAUUAUUUUGUUGGUGAAGCUGCCAGACCAACCAAUUCUUCAGUUCCUUCUACAAUCUUUGAUUCACCAUCAACUCAAACAAAAUCUGAAGUGCUAACCAAUGAUGGGGAUGCUAAUGUUCGUGGAAAAUAUAUUGACCUGGACAGCGAUCCUGAGAAUGAGUUAAGGUGUCAUGACACACCUUUGGUGGCAUUGCCCUCGGAUGAUCUUGAACUCACUAUAGUUCAAGAAACACCUGGUAUUGGUUUUAGGAGUCCUGAAUCAAAUUCUAAAUUUGUCCCCAAGGAUGAUCACUCAACACCACAAACGAAGAAAUCAUUCAAUGUGUUUCAUGAACAAUCUUCAUUACAGUCUAGCUCCAUUUCAAAUAAACAAGCUAGUCCUGCUCAUGUUAUGCUUUCACCUGUUGCAACUCUCGAUAAAGAGAGUGCAUCUAAUGCAAACAUCAUAGAACCUGCUGGAGCAUCUCCAGGGAGUGUCAGUUCUGAUGUUGGGAAAAGAAGAAAAGUCUCUAGUCUGCCGUCAGUUGGUCGACUCCAUGAGUUUAGUACGCUUGCUCAAGUUCCUGACAUUGUUAGCUCUUUCAGACAUUCAUUUACAUCUCCUGCCUCAACAGCCCACAGUCCUAAGGAGAGGAAUCAUUCAGAAAGUGGAUGUUGCAAAGAUAAAUCCUUUUGGUCACAUGGACCAAGUAAUUCUGAUAGAUUGUGUGUAUCUUCUGGUACGAGUAUGGAUAACAGACAACAAAUUUUCUGCUUGGGCUGCAAAAAUCCAAUGGGUCUUUUUGAAAACGAUUUCACUGUUCCUUGCUCAAUCAUUUCAACAUCAAAGAAUCAUUUACUAUCACUGCAGAACAAGGCUCUGGGAAUUGUAUAUUCAAGCACACCAAGCGUGGAUGUUCUGGUGGCUGAUACAUCAUCAAUUGAUCCCCGUGUGUGUGAAGGUUCAUCUGGGCAGGGUAUUUGGUGCAAAGAAGAUGGCUGUGUUUUCAAUUCAAUAUUUUGCCCCUUCUGUCACAAGGUUCUUGGCGUUCAGGUUGCGGCUACGGAUGCAUUAAAUAUUCAGUUCCAAAACAAGAUGUUAUUGUACGUUGAUUGCUUGGAGAUUAAGAGUUUCAAAGUACAGAUAAAGGGAGGAAAAGACGAGGUUUUAACUUCACAUGAAGACCGUGGCGCAAGCACAGAAAAACAUCUGCCAGUCAGUGACAUCGAGAAGUUUGCAUACAAGUCACCAGUCCAAGAUUCCGGAGGUUGGAGGAGAACAAAAUCACGGAUGAGGCUUCCUAGGAAGUAAUUAGAUAAUAGGUUUUUUGGCUGUCCAUAUAUAUAUAUGGGACAAGUAAAAUGUAAAUCUAAGAUCCAUCCAGCCAAGCUAAGGUAAGGUAAGAGCACACACAAAAAUCACAUUUCCCAAAUUAAUUUUGCUACAUUGCAACUAGUUUGCAAUUGUAUCAUCAAUAAUAUUCUUACUAUUCAUUUCAUUAGAA